AUGCUGGAGUUGGCAUGGGGCUGGUUGACAUUCUGCAUGUUGUCUUCCUCACUCGAAGCGUUGCAACCUGCAAUUCAGCAGUUGGAGGAGUGGAAAAUUGAUGCUCCGCAGUGCGACAACUUUUGCCAGUCUCUCUUGGAAAAGCUGAUCGAGAAAGAUGCCUUCAACCCGGUGAUUCUGAGAGCGCUGCAGCCCUUGAUGCAAUCAGACACGCAGAAAAAGCUGUGCUGGAAGCAAUUGAUUGGAUGCCUCAGAAAGUUGAAGAAAAGUGGAGGCCAGAACCUGGUUCGAAAGGCCCUAGAUAUCCAAGAGCUCGUUAGCCUUGCAGCGAACGCUAGAGGCUGCCCUGUAGAAAAUGCCCGUCGAACUCUGGAAUCUGAGUGUUGAGGGUUUUGGCUUUAGAGAAGUUCGAGCAUCGGCUUGAGGUCAAUGCACGGGCUUAGGCUUUAAAACUUUAGACGGUUUAGAUGGCUCAGGCCGCGGAUGACCUUGUGGUUCAGACUACGAGAUUUUUCAUCUGUUGCACGUCUCACCCGAAUUUGUACAUCGCUUGCGGCACCAGCACAGGCCCCUCGGAAAA